AUGUUCGGAAGCGGUUUCUUCAAUUGGUUUUCCAACUCUUCCGCCAAGCAGGAGCCCACCACCAAUGCUGCUGCCUGGGAUCUCUCCAUGGCAUCCGUUCAAACCCAACAGCCCACCAGCCCCGAGGCUCCCUCUACUGACCGAGUCGCGACCGAGCAGUCCAGCUCCCAGGAGAAUGCGAUGAAGCUCCGUGGCGGUGGUGCUGGCGAUGUGUGCUGCGGCGUUCUCGGUCUUGAGAUAAACCACAUGUCGGCUGACCUGACAAUAGCUGCACCGGCCUUCUUUGCUUCGAAUGUUGCGAAUGCUGCUGCUGCUGCUGACCGUGCAGCACGGCGUGAUUGGUCCCCGACAAGGGACUAUCUUAUUGAAAGCUUCAAAUUGAAGUGA